AUGGGUGCCCAUCUCAGAAAUGGAAGAAACAUCUCGAUCGAACAACAACAACGAGAGCUCCAACGCAGAGAACAGUCGCGACGAGAGACAAAGUCACCGCCAGAAUCUGGAAGAGGAGACCGACCUGCUGGACUACAGCGAGGAGAUGACCAGAGAUACGUCUUCAGUCCCGCCGCCGCCGAGCGGCUUCGCAAGCUUAGGGAGCAGUCUGCCGUCGAUUACAGACACCGCUACGAGGCGACAGGCGGCAGAAGCAUCGCAGUCGGAGCGAGGAAUUUCACCCGCCUUAAUCAAUUCCAGAGCGACUUCUUUAGCGCUAGAGACGAUGUCCAACCGAUCGACUCCGGUACCUCGGCCCAUAGACCGACUAACUUUUCCGGUCAAUAUGAAUACCGAGACGGGCCGGCAGGUUUUGACUCCGAUCCCUCGUCAAAGCCAUCAGACCCAGUUUCCAGUCCUGGAACAGCCUCUAGCCCCACAGGAAGAAGACACGAUAAUGGACAACACGGAGUUGGAAACAGUAAUCAACCUGUUCAACGAUCAGUGGAACAUGUUUGUCCAAGCCCGAGAGAACAACAACCCGCGAUUGAUGAGAGUAGCUCUCAUCCAAGCCAUCUCCAGCCAAGAGGAGAUCCGACUACUAGCCGGAGGAGCGGAGAUGCUCCGCAUCAGCGAGAACUGGAUAGCUCGGGAAGAACUAGCCGAUCUAGAGAGGUCCCAACUAGCCAACCAGACCCAACCGGCGAGCCGCUUGGCGAUAACUCAGACUCCCCACGAGCACACAGUCAGCCCGUCCCCGAUGCCGCUGCGCCGUUCGAUACGCCAACCCUCGGACGUCACGUUCCUGGGUACUGGCCCCAUACAGCAAGGAAACAACCCUAUGCCUCCACCCCCGCCACCGUCUACUCAACCCCCCUCGGCCAUAGUCAGGCAGAACACCGCACAACAAGUGCUUCAACACAACCAGCCGACUCGUCCUCAAUACAGAGAAGGGGGCUAUUACCAACAACCACCUCAUCUAGAGACGACGGUUCAGAACCAAGCGCCGCAGUACCAGCAGCAAACCGGAGUCGUCCCGAACUACGCGCCCCAACGGCCCCACCGCCCUCCACAGCAACGAAACUGGAGAGGAUCUGGGAGGAAUUGGAGACGCCCCCAAGACCAGACGAGCAGGUUACUCGAAGUAGGGGACUAUCUCAUGAGAGCGGAGAGGAUUGCGGGCAGGGUGUUCAGAACUCGAGGCAGAGGGAGAGCGAGAGGAAGGGGGAGAGGACAACCCCCUCGACGAGAAGAACCCCCAGCACAGAACCACCACAUUAG